AUGUCUGUGCGUUCUGACGGCUCCGUAGGGCUGGGUUACAUCACCUCCCUGAACGAUCCGGGCCAUACUCCCAGCGAGUACUCCCAUUCUCGCCUAUCGUCCAACUCCUCCACCGCCAACCUGGUCCACAGAGACAUGUGGUCCAGGGACUUCAGGGGCUCUGGACAGACAGAUUCCAUGGGGAAGCUCUCCACAAACCCGCUGGGCACCGUCACUUCUUCCAACACCGCCAAGGAGUAUUUCCAAUCGCCUUCUUCGGAGCAACCGAAGCGCAAGCGUUUGGUAACCAAAGAGCAGAUGUUGGCUUACCGAACCUAUGUCAACGACAUCAACUUCACCCAGGGCCAGUCUGAGUACUUGAACGAUCGUGGUCUGAGACUGCCUCGUGAGAAUAGAACCGCCGACUACCUCCAGCUUUCUCUGCCAUCCUCCACCCUGCUUUUGUUUUACGCCUCCGACGAUGCCGAUGACUCUCUGUGCAUCAUUCGUCUCCUGCCGAAUUUCGUGGAAUCCGUCCCUGUGGCUCGCUUCUUGAACGAGUGGUACCUCACAUCGGGUGAAAAUCCACCCAAGCAUCAUAGACCGUGGUGUAACCACCUCGCUGGCAAUAAGUUUGUUCCUUUAGGUCGAUAUAACUUGAGUAGUGCUGAGUCUCGCUUGAACCUACGCACCCCAGUCACUCUACCGACCAAUCUACCCGGUAUUUUGUAUCCGAUAGAUGUCUUCAAUAUCCACUUGGAUAAUGAGGACUUAUUUCAACGUCGUAUCGGAUUCGUCUACCCAAAUCAUGACUACAGAACCAUCAAGGAAUUUCACGCCGACAAGAUCCCUGAAAAGGCCGGAAGCGAUAACUCCUCCUUGAAUGGCGGUAGUAUACGCUCUAUGCUUUCGGAGAUGUCGAUCGGCGAAAAUUCUCUGAAUCGCUUCAUCACGAGAAAUAAUUUGGGAACCGGCGUUUUCGACGACUUGGCAAACAGGGUCUCCCAGCAGCCAAAGGACAGGCUCACCAUUAUCAAGAUUUUGAGUGACAUGAUCGCUCUUUUCACCACCCUUUCCGUUUGUCACGAGUUGGGAGUGGUCCACAAUGGUAUCACCAGUACUGCUAUCUUGCGAGCUUGCAGCUUACCUGACGACUUGGAUCCCAAAGAGCACUCUGUGGUGUUAACGGGCUGGGACUUUGCAUUCAGCAUUUGCGUUGAAGACUCGACCUCCAGUUAUAGAAAGAGCAACAUCGCAGACAUUCCCGACUAUUUGCCUUACAUGUCGCCUGAAAACUCUGGUGAAACCACCUGCUUGGUUGAUUACAGAACUGACUUCUACUCUGCGGGUAUUGUCCUUUACGAGUUGAUCGUCGGAUGCCUUCCGUUCCAGUCCGACAACCCUGUGAGACUCAGAAAGAUGCACAUUUCCCAGCGUGCCAUUCCCCCACUGAUCUUGGGCCAGGGAUGGAUCAGUGAAGAUUUGAACGACAUCAUUAUGAGGUGUUUGGAAAAGGAUCCAGCUGACAGAUACAACAAUGCCCACGCUUUGAUCAGCGAUUUGAAGGAAGUCCGUAACGAUUACUUGAGAUUGUACAAUAUGGAACGCCAGGAGGGCGAGCAAGAAGCUCCUCUCAUUCAUGAUAAUACAGAGCUUCACAAGGAUCGCAACACGCUUCCGUUGCUUCACAGCACAAUCAGCAAGUUGAAGGAAACCCCUUGGAGGGAACAGGUCUUCACGGCAUUCAAAGAAAAGCACGAGGGAAUUCAUUUUCUCCUCUUGUCUGGUGACAGCGGUGUCGGCAAAACAACUUUGCUCCAAGAGUUGAAAAACGUUGCGGUCUCCAAUUACAAUUUCUGCAUUUCAUGGUCCUACAACUGCUCUGAUAUCAACGUCACUCCUUACAAGUCCGGCAUCUCUGCCAUUCAGAGUAUUGUGAAGCAAAUUUUGGCGUCUUCGAAGGAGAAUAUUGCCGAAUGGAGACACAAAUUCACCGUGGAAAUCGAUACUGAUCUCAGCAUGCUUUUUCCUGUCAUUCCUGAGCUACAGCAACUUUUGGGUCCCAGAUACCAAAGCAUCAGAACAUACAGACCUCAGGCAGAGGCUGAAGGAGCUAUUGAUGCUGGCACCGAGACAGACUCGAGCGAGCAGAUAUCUGACGAUAGCAGCUCAAAACUUAGCAACCUCCCUGGAUUCGAUCAGCAUUCUCUCAAUAUUGAGAUGAAGCUUAAGUAUAUCAUCAAGCGUGUCUGGGCCUUAAUAGGGCCAAACGGUGUCACCCUUGUGUUGGAUGAUAUUCAAUGGGCCCACCCUGAAGAAGUUGGCUUUUUGAAGGAGGUCUCUAGCUUUUGCACAUUGAACGAGGAACCUCUAAACAUCAAAGUUAUUUGUGGCUACCGAACUGGAGAACCGUCUUGUGAGAAAGACAAGGCUAUCGUUGAGUAUGAUGAAAUUGUGUCUAUUUUAGACCUCCCACUGUGCAAGCUUAGUGAGUAUUCGUUGGAAACCCCAAGUGAAGCUCACUAUAAUGAUUUUAUUAGCGAGAACAAUCUUGGACCAGGGAGGUCAUUGCCAACAGAAAAGGACGAUUUUGUAUCAACACUUUAUAAAGCUACAGAUGGUGUGUUUCUCAGGUAUAACUAUCUCAUGAGGAAUCUCCAUUUACGAGCUGACGAUGACGGAGUUAAUCUUGAUUUGAUGCAACGUUUAUUAAACAACAAGGAUCUUCCUGUGCCUAUGACUGACAUAGUCAAAGAGUAUCUCGACAUAGCAAUUAGCGAAGAAUCAAAAGAGCUUCUUAAGUUUGCCGCAAUAAUCGCUUCGAAUGGUUAUUUCAGCUUUGCAGACCUCAUGAUCGUUACUGGGAAGGAUGUCAGCGAAGUGAGUGAACUAUUGUCUGAAUGUUUGGAAACUAGAAUUCUUGUCCCAUCUGGUAUAUUUUACAAAAUCCCAUUCCAUCUCGUUGGCAAUCAGGACUUCCCAUUCGAUUUCAGUGACUCGAUGAUUUGGGAAAUGGCUACAAAAGCAAAGUAUCACUUUGAUCACGACGCAAUCCAGAUAUACUUCUUGUCUGAAUUGGAAAAAUCGAAUGAAUGGCGAAAUCACAACAAAUUAUGUGGUCUAAGGUAUCAGAAGAAAUUGUCUAGAGACGUGAACGUUGAUAUCACAAGCAAUUUGAUCCUGGCUUUCCACUUAUAUCUCGCCGAGCCAGAUGCAAAUGACAAGAAUCUGGAGAAUUAUUACGAGACGUUUGUUACUGCUGGAAGAUAUGCACUUGCAACAUCCAAUCUUCAAUUGGCCCGAAACUUUUUCGAAUUCUCAGCAAGAUACAUCGCUCCACAUGACAGAAGAAGCCGUCUUCGAAACUUGCUCACCGUUUGUCAAAUCAACUUCCAUUUGGGAAAAUUCACUGAGUGCACGAAUUUGAUACAGCAAGCUGAAGAAAGAUACGGAUCAGACAGUUCAAGCUUUUUGUAUCUCAAGGUCAAGUGCUUGUUCCAUACAAAACAGUACCGAAGAGGCAUGAGAGCAAUUCUUAGAGGUCUUGAGUCUUUUGGAGUGGAAGUUUCAGGAGAUCCUCAGAAAUGUGAAGAGAUUGCAGAAAAAUUUAUCAAUCAAGCCCCACUUUCCAUUGCGGAUAUCAGGGCCAUGCGCCAACUCAAGCCUUCCAACAAUCUGAGAUUCUCAUUUAUCGUUGAUUUGAUUCUGGAUGCAAUGGGUCCAUCUUACAUCUUGGGAUGUCCCAUUUGA